AUGAGUUUCUUUCCGUUGAACGAGGUGCAAUGCGGCCCCCUGAAGCAAAGAAAGUAUCCCAAAGUGGUGAUCGGCUCUAUAAACGCACCCUUUGGCUACAGAAUUGACGAACGUUCGGAUUGCAUUGUCGUGCCAGUUCCAAAAAGCUUCGAGCAUUUCGAGAAGGAGAAGCAGAGGGAGCACGAGCAGUUGAUGAAGAUUCUGGACUUCGAGAAAGAAACUAAUAGGAAGAUCCGCAGGAAGAAAGUCUGGCAACGAGUUCAACAAGGUUUAACAGAAUACCAGGAUGAAGUGGACGAGCGUCGAGAAAGACUACGGGAGCUGCUGCUACGGGAGCAGAUGAGUUUGACCCGCGAGGUAGUGAAUCAAGCGCAACACGGAGACGAUGCAAGGAUGGACGAGAUGCGAGCGAGAAUCGAGCAGUUGAGGAAGCAGCAGGAGGAACAGCGUCUGGCAGUAGUUGCCGCGAAGAGGAUGCAGCAGUACCUGGCCCAGUGUCCGGAAUUUCGAAAGAAGAUGCUGAAGAAGUCUUCGAUCGAUGCGAAGAUGGUUAACCUGUCACAGAUGGCGGACAACGAGGCGAAGAAACGCGCCGAGAAGGAGCUGGACAGCCUGUGGCACGAGCUGAUGCUGAAGGAAGUCGAGAUGAAGAAGGAAAGAGAGAUCGAGGAGGUGAAGAAUCGUUGUCUGAUCGAACAGGCGAAUGUAACCACCCUGGCGAAGCAAAUAGCUGGUAAACUAGCCCUCGAAGAGCAGAGGAAAGAGGUAACAAAGGAAGACGGAGAGUACAUAGAGCAGAUGUUGAAGAAAUUACAAGAAGAAGAUGCGAAGAAGCAGGAGGAGAAACGUCAGAAGAGGGAGAAGCUGAAGAAAGAGCUGCAGGAUCAAAUCUUGAUCGCGAAGAGGCAACUGGCCGAACGAGCUCGCCAGGAAGCGGAAAUAGACCGGUUGCGACAGACUUUAGCCGAAGAGGAACUGGCUAAAGAAAGGAGCAAGAUUAAAGAGUCGAGCGCGGCCCUUCGCAAGGAGCUGCUGUCUUAUUUGCAGUACCUGGAGGAGCUGAGGAAAGAGGAGGCUAGGAGGAACAUCGAACUGGACCGAAUAGUGGAACAGUGGACGAGGGAUGCUGCGGCUAAACGCGACCUUGCGAAGAAAAAAUCCAAAGAGGCCAAGCAGAAAAGUCUUCAGGAGAUGAUUCGAAGUCUCGACGAACAAUUGGAGAUAAAAUGUCAGAGGGAAAAGCAAGAAAUGGAAGAGCGGCGAUUAGAAAAGGAAGCGUUGGAAAAGGAGAUCGAAUUGAACGCGAAAUUGGCUGCUCAUGCUAAAGAGGAAACAAAGAACAAGAUGUUGCGUUAUGCCAAAGAGCUUGAGGAUCAGUGGACUCAAAUUGGCGAGGCACGACGUAGGGAAAGGGCGGAGGAGAUUGAGAGAAUGCGACUUGAAGAGUUGAAACAGCAAGAGGAAUAUGAGAUGCUUACGGAGGAAUUAUUGAAUGCUUCUGAGAAUAUUACGCCACAUCCGUUCAAGAUUUUGUUGAAACAAUGCGCGGCUCGUUAUGCUGCGGAGAAAGAGGGACAUUGUUAUUGCCCUCCUCCUCUACCUGAAGAGUAACUUCACGUUUGUAUGUAUUUUGUGUACCCCAAUCCUAAACGAAAUUAAUUGCAAAGAUAAUUUGAUUAAUUUUCGUUGAUUUUAAAAAUGCAGA